CAUGUCUUCAGCUCCAUCCUACGUGAUAGAAAAUGGCCUCCGCAAAGUCCUACCCUACUAUCAGUCGUACAAAACCCACAUAAAGACCCGGUGGGAGGGUCGUACAAUUUUGGAUGUGUUUUCUACCGAGUUGGGCCAGCCACCAGACGUUAUCACCCAAGAAAUCUCCGAUUCCAAAAUCUAUGUCCUUGAAGACUUUGGCAAGAAAACCUCCCAAAUCGUCAAAGGAUGGGAUUUACUCCAGUCACGUAAGAUCCAGAAACACGAUGUGAUCUUCAGUAUUCGGCAUAUGCACGAGCCGCUGGUGGUGGUGGAUAUGAGUAUAUCACCCAAUACCCCCAACACGCUUAUUAACGUGAUCUUCCAUGAUCAUAACUAUUUGGUAGUCAACAAGCCUGCUGGUAUCCCUGUGCAUCCCACUCUGAAUUAUCUUUACAAUUCUGUCAGCGAAAUAUUGAAAUUUGACUUAAAGUUGGAAAACAUCUGGACUAGUCAUCGCUUGGACAAGGUGACUCUGGGAGUACUUAUCUUGGGAUUGAACAAAGACACAGGCAGCCGGCUCCUGAAAAUCAUCGAACAUAAGCUGGAUCACACCACCAAGACCUACUUUGCCCGGGUGCAAGGGUAUUUCCCAGAUACAUACACCUAUAAAUGUCCUAUUGUUUUGGUAAACCCCAAUGGAGGCUACUUGAUGCCAGGUAAUCUCCUGAAGUUAGUGACAUCUUCCACUACCAAGUUCAAGCGUCUACAAUACAGUACUUUUCUAGAUGAAAGUAUAGUAGAGUGUACGCCAAUAUCGGGCAAAAUGCACCAGAUUCGGGUUCAUUUAAGAAAUAUAGGAUUCCCCAUCACCAAUGAUUGGGUGUACAAUAAUUUGUCACAAUUAACACCCAUCAAUCGCCUCAAAAAUGAUAUAGAGCUCAAGAUAUAUGACAUGGUGUCCAAGAGCUACCCUCAGGUAUUCGAUGUUGGUGAGUGUGAGCAGACUAUUGACUUGGAGACUCUUAUUAAAGAAGAGGGUGUAAUAACACAAAUGCUCAACACUAUCAAAACUCUCGCGUCAGAACGCAUCGAGGGCUACAAAAACAAAACCUGUCAAGAUUGUGGCCGGUCGUUGUUCGAACAUGAACGUGAACGUGACAAAUCGUCUAUUUAUUUACAUGCUCACCGGUAUAAAUACAAAUGUGAGGAGGAUCCCAGUAAUUCGUUUGAUUUUCAGACUCCUGUACCCAGUUGGUGUGAACUAUAAAAAGGGUAGCUUGGGAUAGUAGGUGGGCUCCCACUUGGCUCCAUACCAGUUGUACAACUUUGCAUUUUUCUUCAAGUCUCGUGGUGUCUUUAAUGACUGUGAUGUCCUUACGAGGCUUUGGUAUAGCUUAUCGUCGUUGUUGAUUCUGCUGACAGCAUUAGAAAUAUAUUCCUUCAAAGAAGCCUUGUCCUGUUCAGUGACGGGAACCUUGUGAUACCUGACGAAGUAGAACCCCCUGACUCUUGUGACGUCUUUCCCGAUAACGCUUUCAAACAAGCACUGCUUCACAAAUUUCUUAUACCGAGCUCUUCCAACCGCAGUAGAAAGUGGAUGGGAUCUUUCGUUGAAAAACCCACUCUCCGAAUACUUACCCCUAUACGACUUCAAUGCCUUUUCUAGAACAGGGUCGUUAAGGAGGCUAAUGGGAUUGUUGAAAUUUCCCAACGCUAUAUUGGACUUUCGUAUCCUCGAAAUAAAGUGAUUUCCUGGGAAGAACUUGAGCUGAAGAUACUCAUUGCUUGAAAGCACCGGAAACUUAUGAUAGGCACUCUGAUUGAGAUAUGUGUAUCCAGAUGAGUCAAUUCCCCGGAUAUCUGUGGGUUUGGAAGGGAGCUGGUCACUGUAUAUGUAGUUUGGAGGGUUAUAGUGUUUUGUAAACUCGCCUGCCGUCUUAUAUUUCGGUGGGUGUAAGCUGUGUUUUGGUGGUAGCAUCAAGUUACUGGCACUAAUAAGAGGUAGGGUAGCCGAACCUGGCUGCUGUAUUCGGCCCCAGCUGGCCUCAGGCACUAGUUUACGGAAAACGUCUGAAAGCAUCAACGGUAGUGCAA